AUGGGGGAGAAGUGGGAGGAAGAGCAGGGAAAGAAUAGAGUCAAAUGCCUUUGCAUAGCCAAUAAAACACCAAUAGAUAAGCGGCGGCUGCGGCAAGAGUGGAAGCGGUUGGUGUCCAGGGCGGCUCCAGGCCUGUACUCGCUGCUGCAGGCCGUCCUGCUCUGCGUCAACGCCAUCGCCGCCAUCGCUGUGUUACAUGAGGAGCGCUUCCUCAAGAACAUUGGCUGGGGAAAAGACCACGGAACUGGCGGGUUCGGAGAGGAAGGAGGAAUUAAAUCGCAGCUAAUGAACCUCAUUCGAUCUGUAAGAACCAUAAUGCGAGUGCCAUUGAUAAUAGUAAACUCAAUUGUAAUCGUAUUACUUUUAUUAUUUGGAUGA